GCACAACGUCUCAUUCGCUUGCUUAUGUACAUAUGCUCGUCUAUGACUCUUUCGCAGCUUCCACUUCGGCCAGUGAGCAAUUAACACCGUACGAGGCGUAAAGUAGCGCAAGACACAGAUUACUUGUAAUAUAAAAGGCGUUGAGGCGCAAUUAUUUGCAAUGACCGACAACAACAGCAAUAGACAAAACAACAGUUAUAGCCGCAUUAGCAGCAGUCGUCUGAGCAGAGUGACUGCUGCGCAUGCGCAACCCGACUUGCGCAGCAGACGCAUUUCUCUACUUGCGAUCAUAUCAAAGUGGCUGCUGCAAUGCAGCUUGAUGGUGAUAGUAAUCACUUGCGUGACCACAAAUCUCGGCGCAGCGGCACAAGGUCAAAUCACAGUUGAUGAUGACUUUGCACGUCUUCUGGGCAGGUGUAAAACAGGCAGCGCCGAAUUCGAUGGCUGUAUGAAGGAGGUAUUCAACGAUUUACGAGCGUAUUUUCCAACUGGUGUUCCUGCUUAUAACAUUAAACCUUUCGAUCCACAUCGUUCUCCCUUCGUGGAGUUGCGUCGUGGCGAUCAAAACAGCUUCGGUGGCUUCAAAUUGAUAUUGCGCAAUAUUUCUGAAUAUGGUUGGUCGCAAUCGGAGGUAACCAAAUAUCGCACGGACUACGCCAAUAAACGUAUCAUCUAUGCGCAGUAUUUCCCGGAAAAGAGUUUGGACGGCUGGUAUGAGUUUUCGGGUAAAAUACUGGGUACACCUAUCAAACGAAGUGGCUUCUGGAAUAUGACACUGUACGAUUACAGCCAAACGACGAGCGUGCGUAGAUUGGGCGCACCCGGUGCACUACUCAAGGUGCAUGUGGAGAUCGAUCGUAUUGGCGGCUUGAAAAUGCAUGUCGCUAACGCAUUGGCAGAGGGACGCGAACGUCUGGAUAACUUUGCUGAUGGUGUUAUAAAUAGUAUGUGGCCCAUUGGCUUUCCCGUUAUUAAGCCACUCAUUAAUGAGCUGGUGAGCACUGCUUUUACAGACAUAUUCAAUGAAUCGUUUCGAAAAUUUCCGACAAGCAAAUUUUUAAAUUGAUGUCUUGUAAACCUACUGCAUAUUUGUUAUUGUAAUUAUUGUUAUUACAUUUAUAUAUAAAAUACUGUUCGUAACGUGCUUAAGCAGUGUAAAUACAAAUUA